AUCUGAUUCCAUGGGCUCGCCACGAACAUUGAGGCGGGGCAGAUCCAUUCGGCGACGCUUGGAACUGCUUGAUCUGCUACCUAUUCCUGGUAGUGGUGGUUUUUGUUGCCUAGUUGGUGUCCUUGGGAUUGAACUAUCAGUGCGGCCUUGGAGAGCUGAGCCCUGCAGCAAUUGAUGCGAAUGAAAUCCAACAAUCCUCAGCAUUUGGAUUCCCUCUCAAAUGAUUAGGCUCUCCCUCCGAUAUAUCCCCACAUUGCUCUACUACCGUCCGGAGAAAGGAUAACGGCUGGUGCCCCUCAUCACCUCAGGAGUAUAUCACUCGUAUAUGCUUGCCUUAGUCUACGCUCCAUAGUGUAGCUCUCCCUGUACUCGUACAGCACUCGAAAAAAUGGGGACCAGGGCGGACCCCUUACUCUGGAGAAGCGAAGCAUUCAUGACUGGACGGAGCAAUAUGUGGCGCCAUACAGAUCAAGGGGAAGAGCCAUUUCGGAAAACGGCCAAUCUCGCUACCAUGGGCUCCGUGUUGUGGUCGUAGGAGGAACCCUGGCCGGUCCCGCCCUCCGAACCUGGAGUGCGCCACUCGCUGUCUAAAAAGGGAAGUUGGUCGGAGAAUCGACUCUUUCACCAUCGCCUGUGGUUUGUGACGCAUGGCUCCCUGCUCGUGGUACGACUCGGGGAUAAGGCUAGAGGUGAAAUGUUGGGCCAUGCUUUAGGGGCCUAGCAGGUGGUGGGUAGGUAGGCCCCCGUAGGCAGGGUUCUUUUCUGCUCUCCCGGAACUAAUAUAUAACCCUCUGUUCCUUUUGCUGUCCCCUCAUCGCUCGCCUUCUUUGUUGCUCCUUGGAGGAAAGAAUGAAAGAAAGGGGAAAUAAACAUUCGUUAACUUCUCUCUCGUCCUACCUAAUUUGUUUUUAACAAAAUGUACCUCCGGGAAGCCAAAUUAUCGGACAUGCCGACCGUGGGAAGGAUUGGUGCGAGGGCUUUUAUCGACGAUCCUUUAUUCGCUGUUGUGGAGCCCGGGAGAUAUACCUAUUACAAAGAUUACGAGGCAGGAUGGGUCCGGCGAGUGCGCGAAAAGGCUUUGAAGCCAGAGGCGAGAGUAAUUCUCGCGGUGGACGAAGGGACAGAGGAGAUAACAGGAUUUGCGAUCUGGGUGCGGGAAGGAGACGACCCAGCGGCAUAUCACUGGAGGAAUGAAGGCGGUAUAUUAAAACGUACGAUCCCUAAUUUGAGAAAGGAAAGGAGCUACCCUAUUCUGCCCAUCAUGGGGUGGAUAAGAACUCCCUUCCCCCCGGAGUAGAAACUAACGGGGUAGUCCAGGAAUCGAGUUUAAACUCCUCUCAAUCGAAGACAAAAUCACGAUCCUCUUUUCCCCCAAAUCGCGUUCGGAAGAUCCCGCCGCCCUAUCACGCUUGGACGAAGCGAUCGAGCAGGCCGCUAUGGGGACCUGGUCCCAGGAAGGCCGCCAGAUCCGCUGGCACCUGCACAUCUUGGGCGUGGAUCCCUCAUGGCACAGACGGGGUAUCGGCGGCCUGCUUGUCAGCUGGGGCAUGAAAAACGGUGCGAAGGAGGGUGCGAUAUGCUCCCUCGAAUCGAGCCCCGCUGGCAGGGCUCUCUACGAGAAAUUAGGCUUCAAGGCCGUUGGCGUGUGGGCGCCCUUCGAAGGGUUCAAGGAGAAGUUUGAGCACGUUACUGCGCCGAUGAUGGUUUGGCAACCUGAUACUGCGGAAGCGAAUGGUGCCGGGAAAGCAAAAACGGCAAAUGGAAAUGCGAUCAAGGACGGGUCGGUGAAUGGUGCGAGGAAAGGUGAAUGACAUGGGAUAGGUAAUUGUCUUGUUGCGGAAGCAGUGUUCUCGCUGGGGAAAACUUGUGUGCAUAUUGUAGUACUUUUCCGCUCCUUUUUCCUUUCCUCUUUUCUUCUUCUUUGCCUGUUGUACUGCAUCGGCACUUGGGAGACUGUAUGAAUGUUUUGGUGCCGAUUAUGUGGACAAUAGCUAUCGGGGGCACAUAAAGCAGAUGUUAUACCAAUAACUAUACCCGGGUACAACAACUUAGGCGUUGGACUAGACCGGUAGCUUAUGUGCAACACUCGGAUAUUGUAAAUGUUUUCCGCCGCCCUUCAAAGGGCCCUCACGUGAUUAGACCACACUACUCGCAUACGGCAGGUUAUCCGGCCCGGCAACCUCCAAGUGAGUAUAUCCAAUCACCGCUUCAAUUGCCGAAAAGCUUGUGCCGGUACUAGACUAUAAUAUACUUCCACUGCGCUAUAAACGACACACCACCGGAGGGGGAGGGGAGCAGGGCCACUACCCCCCCAGAGCAUUAGCCCACCCAUCCUACUAUCGUAGUACUAUAUCGUUAUACAACACGAUAGCGCGGAAUCGAACGGAGCACUAUACCAGUACUUCCCUAGCGUCCUCCACAAAUGUACGAGUACUCGAGUACCGGUAUGUCCAAGCACCCCUCCGGCUCAACUCGUGUACUUUACGGGUAAGCUGAGCGCGGCCGCGUACAAGUACAGUAUGAUGGUAUGAAAGGUUUCACGAUCGCCGUGCGUACGUAGGAUUUAGGCUGAUGGCGGGAAUGCUAGACAGGGAUUUCACAUUUUUCUGGCGAGUGAUAGAGUGUGAUACGCCGUAUUCUGCAGUUACAUAGCGUACAAGUUAGUGGCAAGGGGGUGGGGGUGGGGUCGGGACCCCGGCUUGGAAUGCUCGCUUGGAAAGAAUUGUGUGGGUAACGUACUGCACCUGCGAGUAAAUUUAAUACCGAUACACUCAUAGGCGAUGCCCAGAUCUCG